AUGGUUCCAAGUACUACUGUUGUUCCUGUCACUUCAUGCGAUGAAACUGAAUGUAGUGUCACUUCUAAGACCACUGGUGUUGUUACCGUUUCAACUGGACUGACAAUCUACACUACCUAUUGUCCACUUUCAUCUAGUGUCACCAUUCCAGUUCCACCAACCACUGAAGAGACUACUCCAGCUACCACUGAAUCCACCGGUGUUGAAACUCAACCAACCACUGAACAGACUACUCCAGCUACCACUGAAUCCACCGGUGUUGAAACUCAACCAACCACUGAACAGACUACUCCAGCUACCACUGAAUCCACUGGUGUUGAAACUCAACCAACCACUGAAGAGACUUCUACUAAGCCAAGUUCCACUGUGAUGGUUCCAAGUACUACUGUUGUUCCUGUCACUUCAUGCGAUGAAACUGAAUGUAGUGUCACUUCUAAGACCACUGGUGUUGUUACCGUUUCAACUGGACUGACAAUCUACACUACCUAUUGUCCACUUUCAUCUAGUGUCACCAUUCCAGUUCCACCAACCACUGAAGAGACUACUCCAGCUAACACUGAAUCCACCGGUGUUGAAACUCAACCAACCACUGAACAGACUACUCCAGCUACCACUGAAUCCACUGGUGUUGAAACUCAACCAACCACUGAACAGACUACUCCAGCUACUACUAAAGAGACUUCGGUUACAAGUUCUUUAACUCCAGAACUUUCUGUUGCUUCUACAGUAAAUGUUGAAUCAGUUGAAACUGUAGCUACAUGCCCAGAAGGUGGAUGUGCUGAGUCUCGACAACCAACUCCAAUUGUUCCUGUUGGGUCUGGUGUUGAAACUGGUACUGUUGUUCCGCCAGCCACUACAUUGGAAGAACAUACUAUAGCUGCACAAUCAUCAAGUGUUGCUGGUGUUCCAGUUAGUUCUGGUUCUAUUUCUGGACCAUUGCCAUCUGCUCAAGUUACCACAUUUGAAGGUGCUGCUUCCAAUAAUAACAAACCACCAAUGUAUGCCUUGGGCUUAGUUGCUUUAUUGUACUUCAUUUAA